GUAGCAACGUAAAAUACAGUUCUUCUAAACGUGAACACAACUUUCCAUAAUUCUGAUUGUCAACUGAGGUGUCAAUCAAGUUGAUCUAGCAUAAAUCUUAUGAAAACUGUGAUUAAGCAAAGUAGAGAAACUUUAAUAGAACAUUAAUUGAGCAAUCGAGCAAGCAUGAUGUCCUUUUAUAAUUGCGAUAAUUCAUUCCUCAUGACAGUGUUGUAGAGAUGAUAACUCGUAAUAUGAUUCUCAUAUAUUUCAGGAGAUGGAAGAGAAAAGAUCUGAUAAAAGAAAACAGAAUCCUAGAGAGACUGACAAUUUCUUGUCGAAUCUCUUCUUCAUAUGGACCUUACCAAUUUUUGCAAAGGGUAAUGCGCGAGACUUAACUGAAGAUGAUCUCUACAAACCUUUAAGAGACCACAGGUCGAAUAUGUUAGGUAAUAAGUUAGAAAGAGAAUGGAUGUUACAAGUGAAAACUAAACGAAAGUCACUAGUUAGGGCUCUAUGGAAUGUGUUCAAAUCUGAAAUUCGUUUCUACAUUUUGAUUAACUUUUUCCUGGUAUUUGCUCCCAAAUUAUGUCAACCAAUACUCUUGAUGCAGGUUUUGAAUUACUAUGUUCCUGGACAAACAAGUAUAACUGACUCUCAAGCUCUUUUGUACGUAAUUGCCAUAAUACUAAUAAUAUUUGUUGGAUCCAUAUCUGGCCAUACAUACGUGAUGGGAAUGAUCCAAUUGGGUAUGAAAUUGAGGGUAGCGAUUUGUUCUUUAGUAUAUAGAAAAAUUCUCAAGUUCAACAAAUAUUCCAUAAAUGACACAUCAACUGGCCAGAUUGUCACAUUACUAUCCAACGAUGUACGUAUGUUUGAUUACAUUAUGUUGGAGGUUUGCCUGUUAAUAAUAGCACCUUCAGAACUUAUAGCAGACACUAUACUACUAUAUUUUCUACUUGGAAAAACCGCCUUGGUUGGAAUUGCUUUCGUUAUUAUUUUCAUACCUUUACAGAUGUACAAUGGAAAACUUUCUGCGAAAUACAGAUUGAAGAUAGCAAGGAAAACUGAUAAGAGAGUUCUUCUUAUGAAUGAGAUCAUAUCAGGUAUACGUGUUAUCAAAAUGUAUACUUGGGAGAAACCUUUCUCCAAGUUGGUGGAAAUUGCUAGAAGGUUGGAAAUCAAACAAAUACGAGGAGCAGCAUACGUAAACGCCUUCAUGCAUUCAUACAGUAUGUACAUGAGCAGAACAGCACAAUUCAUGUGUAUCCUUUUCUUUGUAUUGAACGGUCAAACACCAGUAGCCCAAUACGUCUUCGUCAUAACUUCCUUCUACAACAACUUGACAAAAACUGUGUCAGUGAAUUUUCCAGAUGCGAUUUCCACAUUUGCCGAAUGUUCAGUGUCCUGCAAGAGAAUCGAAACCCUUCUUGGUCUUGAUGAAAUAGAACCAACACCCUUACUCAAAAACGUACCAUUGAAAAAGAAUCCUUGUGGAGAAAACGACGAUUUUGUACUGAAACUGUCCAAUGUGUCUGCUAAAUGGAAUGAUAAAGAAGUAGCCGAAAAUACUCUUUCUGGCAUAAAUUUAGAGAUGAAAUCCACGAAUAAAUUUGCUGUUAUCGGUGUGGUAGGCAGUGGAAAGAGCAGUUUGAUGAAUGUGGUCUUGAAAGAACUGCCUAUUCAUGAAGGAAACAUAAAUAUUAACGGCAAUAUAUCAUACGCUGCCCAGGAGUCUUGGCUGUUCAAAGGAAGCAUCCGUCAGAAUAUCUUGUUUGGGUCUACUUUUGAUCCUGAUAGAUACAAAGAGGUGGUGAAGGUAUGCGGGCUACAAAAAGAUCUGGAACUGUUCCCGUUUGGUGAUUUGAGUAUAGUAGGCGAGAAGGGAGUGAUGUUAAGUGGUGGACAAAAAGCCAGAAUAAACCUAGCCAGAGCUGUAUACAGAGAAGCUGACCUGUACCUAUUCGACGACCCUCUGAGUGCUGUAGAUACUUUGGUGGGUAAGCAACUAUACGAGCAGUGCAUAUGUGGAUACCUCUCCAAAAAGUGCGUUCUUCUCAUAACACAUCAACUCCAAUAUCUCAAAACCAUGGACCGUAUAUUUCUAAUGGAGAACGGAACUUUUGUUCGUUCUGGUACUUAUCAAGAUCUACAAAAGGACGUCAGCAGUCUAGUGAAGUAUCUUGGACAUUCUUCGGAAGAUGACGAAGACGAGAAAUACGAUUUGGAAAUAACAGAUCAUGUUGACUUGAAUGAUAAGGAAGCGGAAAAAGAAGAAUCUCCAACGGAUAUGAAAGAGAUCAUGAGUACUGGAGCUAUGUCUGCUAAUGUUUACAAGCAAUAUUUCAAAGCCGGAGGCAAGUGGUACAUCUAUGUUCCGGUUAUUUCGAUGUUUCUUAUAACUCAGAUCUGUGCUUCUUCGGCCGAUUACUUCAUAACAUUCUGGGUAAAUCUAGAACAGUACAAGGCGAAUGGUAGAAACAAAAAUUCAAGUAACAUCACGGUAGAUCAAAUAAACCGUUCUAAUGAUACUCUUUCUGGAAGGACCUACUCCUAUUCACAAUCCAUAUUGAGUACAGAACUUUGCAUCUACAUUUACACCAUUUGUAUACUAGUACUGAUCGUUUUGUCGUUGGUUAGAUCGACAGCAUUCUUCCAGUAUUGCCUCAGCGCAUCCACUAGUUUACAUAACAAUAUGUUUCGAGUGAUUGCGAAAGCACCAAUGCGAUUCUUCGACACAAAUCCAUCAGGGAGGAUUUUGAACAGGUUCACGAAGGAUAUAGGUGCUAUAGACGAGCUGCUUCCAGUCUUGUUGUUGGACACUAUCGAGAUAGGUAUAACUGUUAUAGCUGUCUCAAUUAUACUCGCGUCCAUCAAUACAUGGAUGCUGAUACCAACAAUUGUCAUUAUGGUCCUUUUCUAUUGCUACAAACAAUAUUAUAUCAAAACAAGUAGAAGUGUUAAACGGAUAGAGGGUACAGCUAGAAGUCCUAUAUUUUCCCAUUUAGCAGCAUCGCUUCAAGGACUAACAACCAUAAGAGCAUUCGAGUGUCAAAACAAGUUAAUCGAAGAAUUCGAUAGUCAUCAGGAUAUGCACACCUCAGCCUACUAUUUAUUUUUAUCCUGCAACAGGGCGUUUGGACUUAUACUCGAUAUGAAUUGCAUCAUUUAUGUGGCUAUCGUCACAGUAUCAACUUUCUUCACAGCUUCUUUUGGAGGAAAUGUUGGCUUAUCAAUCACUCAAGCAAUGGGUUUAACUGGCAGAAUGCAGUGGGGUGUUCGACAAUGGAGCGAGGCAGAAAAUCAAAUGACAUCUGUUGAGAGAGUACUGGAGUAUAGUAACCUUGAAUCCGAGCCAGAUAAAACGAAAAAACCUCCUAAAGGUUGGCCACAUAAAGGAACAAUUCAAUUCAAAUCUGUAUCGAUGAGCUAUGCACCAGGAGAACCACAAAUCUUGAGGGAUCUGAGCUUUUCCAUCGCAGCUAAGGCCAAGAUAGGAAUAGUUGGACGUACAGGCGCUGGAAAAUCUUCCAUAAUUUCGGCUAUUUUUAGAUUGACACCUUUUGAAGGCGAAAUACUCAUCGAUGAGUUGGACACUAGUAGUAUUUCUCUUGAAAGUUUGAGGUCCAAGAUUUCCAUCAUUCCUCAAGAACCAUUCUUGUUUUCUGGAACUCUGCGCGACAAUUUGGACCCGUUCAAAGAAUACGACGAUGACACUUUGUGGAACGCAUUGAAGAAAGUCGAGCUCAAGACUUUGGUAGCUGAAAGUGCGCAUGGUCUAAACUACGAAGUUUCAGAGGGCGGUAAAAACUUCAGCGCCGGCCAGAGACAGCUGAUAUGUCUUGCUAGGGCUAUUGUAAGAAGGAAUAAUAUUUUGAUAAUGGACGAGGCCACGGCAAACGUAGAUCCAAAAACUGACGAGUUGAUCCAAGCUACCAUAAGAACGAAUUUCGAUGAAUGCACUGUCCUGACAAUUGCCCAUCGUCUCCAUACCAUCAUGGAUUCAGAUAAGGUUAUGGUUAUGGAUUCUGGAAGACUCGUGGAAUUUGAUCAUCCCCAUACUUUGUUGAAUAACAUUGGAGGGAUAUUCCAUUGUUUGGUAAUGGAGACUGGUAAAGGAAUUUCAGAUAAUCUGAAGGAAAUAGCAAAAAAGAAUUACUUAAGAAGAAAUGCCGUCAGUAGCUGAUAAGGCCAUAUACUACUUAGAAGAGAUUAUGGAGAACUCCUGUUGCUGUUGAUAGUUUUAAGUUGGAUUUUACUCUAGUGUUGAUUGAAAAGAAUUAUUUUCGGUGAACGAUAUACAUCACAUGCUUUUAACACAUAAUAAAAAAGGAAAUUUAAAAAAGGAAAGUUAAUAUUAAAUUAUUUCAGAAUGCA